GAUUCCCUAUUCCUUCUUGAGUUCUCUCUCAACUGAUAUCCCCCUAUCUUUUCUCUCUUCUCGCCUCACGGCACUUGCCACAGUCAGCAGCAGCGGAGCAUGUCGGACAGCAGCUCUCUAUGGUUCUCUCCUACGUUCCCCUCUUGCAGUCUCCUUGUAGUCACCUUAAGGAAGACCCAUUGAGCUGCCAACCACCAUAUGCAGCAGAUCCAGCCUCCGAUUUCGUCUUGGACCACCACAGACAGUGUCGACAUCACCUAAAAAACAAGUUUCACCUUGAGAUCCAGCCCCCAACGCCCUUCUCUCUCGCUCUUUGUUUCUCUGUUUCUCCCAUUUCUCGGCUACCACCCACACCACCAGCCAACAAGAAUAGUCCAAACCUCACGGCCGGCCACCACUUAUCCUAUGAGUUCUACAUCCCUCCUCCUCCACUCUCUAGCAUCUCCUCCUCUUCCUUUUCACAGCCAAUUCAGGCCUCGGAUGUAACCGGUUCAAGGCAAACUACUCAAUCAGAUGCACCAUCUUCUUCCUCAUUUGCUUCUGCUCCUGCUGCUAUUCCUUCAUCGACAUUAUCAACGUCACAUGCCAUGCAUAGUCGCAGUGCUAUUCUUGUGAGCCACAUAGUUGAUAUCAGUGCAAAAUGGGAUUUUCUUGGAGGAGACCUUGCUGUUACUGCUUUUGCAGACCUUUCUUUUGAUCUUCCAAUUAAGUGGUUAAGAGACCGAGGAAUCCAUGGGCACAUUUUUGCUGGUGCUGGAAACCUUGCUAAACUGACAGAGAAUGAGUUUCGGAAUUUCUUUUUUCGUAAGUUCCUAGAGUCAUUCCGAAGCUCUGUAGGAGUUGGGAUUGUUGUCCCCACAAAACUUUUCCGCCUAGAGGGCAACUUCUAUUACAUAGUCAAGCAACAUGAUCAUGACCGUGGCAAGACUGGCUUUCGGUUUAGCUUCUCUGCUCCAUCGUAG